AUUGCAUACAUGGGUUAGUGGGUUCUGUUUGUGAUUUUGGAACUGUGAGCAGUCAGUGCUAGGAUUUGUUGUUUUGUUUAUUAAGCCAUGGAACAAGGGUGGAAAAGGUUACCCUUGUUAGUAGUCUUCCUGCUCCUUUGGAAGAAUGCUGAUGGAUUUGCAUAUUCAACUUCUCCAAAUGCUGGCCAAUGGUGGGGUCAGUCAUCUGACAACACUUUCUUGCCUCUUGUGGUCCAGUCUUCUGAGUCAAAGGCCCCUGUGACUGGGGUUUUGCUUGAAGAAGUGGUCUCUAGUUUACCAAAAAACAGACCCAAGAUUACUCUACUUCAGGCUGUUAAAGGUGGUGUUUCCAGCAGUUCUGACUCUACACCCCAAGAUCUAACUCCAAAUACCCCCUCUUCAGCUUCUCUGCCUGUGGAUCAAUCUGGUAUGGGUGGUUUAGUGUCACUUCAGGGCUCAUCUGGCUCCACCACUGCAUAUGCUACAAGGGGUUCUGGACAAUUGGUUUUUGCACAAGAGGAAAGUGACGGCUUCUUUUCCAAGACUGUAGUUUCAGGCCAGUCCACUAAUGACCAGAGCUCCCCUAGUCUGUCUAGUUCAGCUUCUCGAGGUACCACCUAUGAUGUAAUUACUCAGGCUCAAGGUACAGGUCAGUUUGCUCCAGGAUCUUCAUAUGCAACCAUAUCACUGCCCAAAUAUGCUACUAGUCAAUUGAUAACUGGACCAAGUUCAAAGCAAUUUACCUCCGUCUAUGGCACCCAGACAGGAUCAUCUGCUCCUUUCACUUUGCAAGGUAGUACCACACAUGGUGGACCAAUCCAGACUCAAGAUGCCUCAAUUCAGUUAGUUUCAGAAACUUCAACCCCACACAUGGCUGUAUCAUUGUACAAAGGUGUUGCUAGUCAGUCAGCUGUGCCAAGUUCCAAGCAGAUUACCUCUGCCUAUAGCACUCCUACAGGGUCUUCUGCUCUUUUCACUUUGCAAGGGCUACUCCAGGGUCAAGAUUCAAGUCGGGUUGCUUUAGGAUCUUCAGCCCCACAUGUAGAAGUUUCUUUUCCCCAAAUUGUUACUAGUCCGUUGACCUCUCUACCAAGUUCAAAGCAGAUUACUUCUGUCUAUAGCACCCAGACAGGAUCCUCUGCCCCUUUCACUUUGCAAAAAGUAGUCCAGGCUCCAGAUGCAACAAGCCAGGUUGUUUCAGGAUCAUCUUCCCCAAAUGUAGUCUUAUCAUUGCCUCAAGGUGUUACUAGUCAAUCAACAACUGUGCAAGGUUCAAAGAAGCCAAUUACCUCUGUCUAUGGCACUCCAACAGGAUCCUCUGCUCUAUUCACUUUGCAAGGACCCCUCCGGCAUCAAGAUUCAUCAAAUCGGGUUUCAGUAUCUUCCCCAUAUGUGGCUGUAUCAUUGCCCCAAGCUGUUACUAGUCAGUCAGGUGGGCCAAUUUCAAAGCAGAUCACCUCUGUUUAUAGCACUCAGACUGGAUCCUCUGCCCCUUUCACCUUGCAAAGACUUGUCCAGGCUCAGGAUUCAACAAACCAGGUGGUUUCAGGAUCUUCUCCAUAUGUAACCGUAUCAUCGCCUCAAGGUGUUACUAGUCAGUCAACAACUUUGCCAAGUUCAAAGAAGCUAAUUGCCUCCAUCUAUGGCACUCCAACAGGAUCCUCUGCUCUUUUCACUUUGCAAGGACCACUCCAGCGUCAAGAUUCAAGUCAGGUUGUUUCAGUAUCUUCCCCAUAUGUAACUGUAUCAUUGCCCCAAGCUGUUACUAGUCAGUCAGGUGGGCCAAUCUCAAAGCAGAUCACCUCUGUUUAUAGCACUCAGACUGGAUCCUCUGCCCCUUUCACCUUGCAAAGACUUGUCCAGGCUCAGGAUUCAGCAAGCCAGGAUAUUUCAGGAUCGUCAACCCCAUAUGUAGCUGUAUCAUUGCCCCAAGAUGUUAAUAGUCCGUUGACUCCCCUGCCAAGUUCAAAGCAAAUCACCACUGUCUAUAGCACUGAGGCUGAAACCUCUGCUCCUUUCACUUUGAAAGAAAGCACAACAUAUGGGGGACUUCUCCAGGCUCAAGAUUCAACAAGCCAGGUUUCAGUAUCCUCAACCCCAUAUGUAGCUGUAUCCCUGCCCCAAGGUGUUGCUAUUCAGUCAGCUGUGCCAAUUUCAAAGCAGAUCACCUCUGUUUAUAGCACUCAGACUGGAUCCUCUGCCCCUUUCACCUUGCAAAGACUUGUCCAGGCUCAGGAUUCAGCAAGCCAGGAUAUUUCAGGAUCGUCAACCCCAUAUGUAGCUGUAUCAUUGCCCCAAGAUGUUAAUAGUCCGUUGACUCCCCUGCCAAGUUCAAAGCAAAUCACCACUGUCUAUAGCACUGAGGCUGAAACCUCUGCUCCUUUCACUUUGAAAGAAAGCACAACAUAUGGGGGACUUCUCCAGGCUCAAGAUUCAACAAGCCAGGUUUCAGUAUCCUCAACCCCAUAUGUAGCUGUAUCCCUGCCCCAAGGUGUUGCUAUUCAGUCAGCUGUGCCAAUUUCAAAGCAGAUCACCUCUGUUUAUAGCACCCAGAGUGGAUCCUCUGCCCCUUUCACCUUGCAAAGACUUGUCCAGGCUCAGGAUUCAACAAACCAGGUGGUUUCAGGAUCUUCUCCAUAUGUAACCGUAUCAUCGCCUCAAGGUGUUACUAGUCAGUCAACAACUGUGCCAAGUUCAAAGAAGCUAAUUGCCUCCAUCUAUGGCACUCCAACAGGAUCCUCUGCUCUUUUCACUUUGCAAGGACCACUCCAGCGUCAAGAUUCGUCAAGUCAGGUUGUUUCAGUAUCUUCCCCAUAUGUAGCUGUAUCAUUGCCCCAAGAUGUUAAUAGUCCGUUGACUCCUCUGCCAAGUUCAAAACAAAUCACCAUUGUCUAUAGCACUGAGGCUGAAACCUCUGCUCCUUUCACUUUGAAAGAAAGCACAACAUAUGGGGGACUUCUCCAGGCUCAAGAUUCAACAAGCCAGGUUUCAGUAUCCUCAACCCCAUAUGUAGCUGUAUCCCUGCCCCAAGGUGUUGCUAUUCAGUCAGCUGUGCCAAGUUCAAAGCAGAUCACCUCGGUCUUUGGCACCCAGACAGGAUCUUCUGCUCCAUUCACUUUGCAAGGUAGCACCACAUACGGUGGACCUCUCCAGGUUCAGGAUGCAGCAAGUAAGGUUGUUUCAGGCUCUUCCCCAAAUGUAGCUGUUUCCUUUCCCCAGGAUGUGACUAGUCAGUCAGUUGUGCCAAGUUCAAAGCAGAUCACCUCGGUCUAUGGCACCCAGACAGCAUCCUUUGCACCUUUCCGUUGGCAAAGACUACUUCAGACUGAAGAUUCUACAGGGCAGUUUUCUCCAGGAUCUCCGUCCUCUGUCAAGACCUCAACCUCUUAUUUUUCCAAACCUUCCAGUAGCUCUACUAUAGGACGCUACAACUCUGUCAAGGGAUAAGAGACUGUUAAACUGGCGCUAAUGUUUGUUCAACUUUUCCAAUAAAUUUUGCAAAAAAAAAA